AUGUCAUAUCAGCUUCUCGAACUAUCACAGUCCGCAGCCGUCGCGCAAACAGACAUUGACUAUUUCGAAGAUCAUCCUCUGCCCAGUAUCUUAGGCGCAAAGCCUUGGUCCAGCAUGAGGGUAAACGAAGGCAGCAACCUCGCCGCAUACACCAAGUACGAGUAUUUCCUCAAGAAACCACCCUCUCUCAUGUCGAACGUGCAAACAUUCCUGAAUGUCGUCCCCGCCAACGCAAACCCCGAGCUCAUGCACAAAGCUUUCGGCGUCUCAGCUCCAUGCAUCACUUCCAUUCACGACGUACUCAGCCAGCUGGAGGAAUUUUCCUACGUCGCAAUCUUCCCCUUCUAUAACCACGUCGACCAGAUUCUCAAAUGUAUCCGAAGAAUGACCGCUCUCAAGAAACUCUUUGUAAAGCUCUGUCCUGAGCCUGAAAGCACUGUGCUCGACGAUGAGAUCAAAGCUGCAGAAGGUCAUUUUGAUAUCAAUGAUCCUUGGAACGAAAUGAGCGUCGCGUAUACCCUCGUCGCUCAUACGGUACGUUAUCUUGGGAUUGAGGGCAAACUCGAGUGUCUCAUAGUAGACGACUUCAAAGUGGAGGCAGUCAGGGAGGCGAUCGUGUCUACAGUCUCGGGUGUCCUGGUUGAUCCUUGGCUUUACGACGAGCACGGUGGUUGGAAUAAGGGGGUUGUUACUGUCACUGCAAAUGGGGACACGUCAGGAACAUUGUGA